CCAAAAAACUCAUAACGUCUCCCAAAAGUCUCUGCCUCUCUUUCCAUUUCCAUGCUUGAAAUGCUCAAGUACCUCGUCGGUUCCGCCGGAGCAAGCGGCUACAGCUCCAAUUCCACCGCCGAAGAAGUCACUCAAUCGUCUACUCAUCUCAACUCCAUCACUGCCAUAGUCACAGGAGCGACGUCGGGAAUCGGAGAGGAGACGGCGAGAGUCUUAGCUAAGCGUGGCGCAAGGAUCGUCAUUCCGGCUCGCAAUUUAAAAGCAGCCGAAGAAGCGAAAGCGAGAAUCGUAUCGGAAUUGGAAUGUUUUGAUUAUUCACGAAUCACGGUGAUGGUUCUCGAUCUUAGCUCUCUGAAUUCCGUCAUGAACUUCGUCUCCGAAUUCGAGGCCUUAAAUUUGCCUCUUAAUCUUCUCAUAAACAACGCAGGCAGGUUCUGUUACGAACAUGCAACUUCGGAAGACGGAAUUGAAAUGACCUUCGCUACUAAUUAUCUAGGUCAUUUUCUCUUGACGAAACUUCUGUUGAACAAGAUGAUAGAAACGGCGAAAUCGACAGGAAUCCAAGGCCGAAUAGUGAAUGUGACGUCCAACAUCCACAGCUGGUUUUCCGGCGACAUAUUCGAAUAUCUCAGCCAAAUAAGCCGGAACAACAACAACAACAACAGAGAGUACGAUGCGACACGCGCAUAUUCGUUCUCCAAGCUCGCAAAUCUCUUGCACACCGUUCAACUAGCUCAUAGACUCCAGGAAAUGAAGGCAAAUGUUACGGUAAACUGUGUUCAUCCGGGAGUUGUGAGAACAAAUUUGAACAGAGAUCGUGAAGGCUUCUUAAAAGAUUUGAUUUUCUUUAUGGCGUCCAAAUCAAAGUUGUUGAAGACAAUUCCUCAAAGUGCAGCGACAAGUUGUUACGUAGCCACGCAUCGGAAAGUGGAAAAUGUGAAUGGAAAAUAUUUUGAGGAUUGCAAUGAACAAGGAAACUGUGAAUCCAAUACCAAAUCAGCGCACUUAGCUGAACGUCUAUGGUCUGCUUCCGAAAUCAUCAUCUCCAAUUUAACCGGUAAUCCUCAACCCUAAUCUCAACAACUCAAUCAAUCAAUAUGGAUUGGGUUUGGUUUAUGAACUUUUAUAAUAUGGUCUGAUUAUAGGGGUUCAAAUAAAUAAUAAUCAUAUUAUCCUUUUCUUUU